AUGAACGCCAGCAAUGAAAGUAAUGGGAAUCCCAUAUCUAGCUUUAAUGAUAGUUCCAUCAACAAAUGUGUUGCUCGUUGUGAUAGUUUGUUCGGAUGUCUGUCUGUAAAUUUUCAUGAAGUAAAUAAACAGUGUAAGCCAUCAGAUUAUUAUCCGUUAGAUAAUACAACGUCAGGAAUACCUAACAACGGAUGGAAAAUAUAUUUUCGGAGGAACUUUGGAAUAAAUCUUUUACAAGGAGCUGAAGCAUGGCAGUCCACUACAUUUAGAAGUGAACAUCAUAUGAUCGCAGACAAGGCUAUAGACGGAAAGGUAGAAGGCAUACACAACUGUGCCCACACACUUAAUUUCUCAUACUGGGCUGUUGAGUUUGGAACUCCGGGUCCUGUAAAAUCAGUACAAAUAAUGUUACGAAGAGACUGUUGUUUUGAAAGACAGACAAAUUUCACAGUGACCGUUGCUAAAAGUCGUGAAAAUGUCAUUAAUGAUGCCGGAACAGACUGUGGAUCUUACUUUGGUCCUGCUAUAAACAAUGAACCUUUUAGCAUAACAAUCAAUUGUACAAAUACAAUCUUCGGAAUGUUCCUAAAAAUCAAGCAUGAAUCUACUGAAACGAUGGCGUUAUGUGAGGUCUACAUUUAUACACCUUAA